UUUGUUAUUGCAGGAAGUGAAGAUGGCGGACCAGUCGCUGCUCUCCGAGUCUGUUCUCGGAUGGUCUAUUUUCACCUUUAUACUCUUGGCAAUCCUGGCUUUCUGUUGGGUCUACAUUCGGAAAUUUCAAAGUCGUCAGGAGAGUGAAGUUGUUUCAACCAUCACAGCAAUAUGUGCACUGGCCAUUGCUUUGAUAACCUCUGCACUUCUACCAGUGGAUAUAUUCCUUGUUUCAUUCAUGAAGUAUCCCAAUGGUACCUAUAAGGAAUGGGCAGCAAACAAUGAGACGAGAGGGCAAAUUGAAGACACUGUGCUGUAUGGAUAUUACACACUUUACUCCAUCAUACUCUUCUGUGUCUUCCUGUGGAUCCCCUUUGUUUAUUUCUACUAUGAAGAACGGGAUGACGACAACUUGAACAAAUGCUCGCAAGUGAAAAACGCUCUGAAGUACACAAUUGGAUUUGCCAUUGUCUGCGUGGUGCUCCUUUUAAUUGGAGCCUUCGUUCCACUUGAAACCCCUCCUAGUCAGAAUUCCACCCAAUGGGAGAAAGUACAAUACCUCUUUGAGGAGCUCGGGAGUAGUCAUGGUCUACCUGCUCUGGCUUUCUCCAUCAGCUCCUUGACCUUGAUUGGCAUGUUGGCAGUGAUCACUUACACGGCAUACGGGAUGUCUGUGCUGCCUUUGAAUCUGAUAAAAGGCACACGGAGUGUGGCUUAUGAACGCCUGGAGAACACAGAGGACAUUGAUGAUGUUGAGCAUCAGAUAGAAAAGCUGAAAUCCAAGUGUAAAGACGGACGUCCCCUCUCUUCAAGGGACAGGCACAACCUGCAGGAGCUGGAGGGCAAGCUGCAGGUCCUCCAGCGCAGGGGGAGACACCUGGAAAUUGCAGAGAGGAACUGCUGCACUAAAGUGGGCAGUGCUCUCAGACCUUUCAAGAUAUUGCUGGGUAUUUUCUUUAUCCUGGUUGCACUGCUCUUCACUGUUGCCCUGUUCAUUUCAAAUUUGGAUAAAGCUCUUCACUCUGCUGGCAUCAGCUCCGGGUUCAUAAUCUUUGGCACCAACCUAACCAAUCCCCUGAAUGAACUUCUAUUAGCCUUACAACCCGUUUUUCCACUGGAUUACAUCCUGAUCACUGUCAUCACCAUGUACUUUGUGAUCACAUCAAUGGCUGGCAUUCGCAACAUGGGCAUCUGGUUCUUCUGGAUAAGGCUGUACAAAAUAAGACCAAAGAGAACUCGCCCCCAGGCUCUUCUUUUCCUCUGUAUGAUCCUUCUGCUGAUCGUCCUUCACACCAGCUACAUGAUCUACAGCCUCGCCCCACAAUAUGUCAUGUAUGGCAGCCAGAAAUAUCUGGUACAGAGUCAGAUGCCCUCAGCAGGUCCUACAUCUGGGAAUGCUACUUUUGGCACCACAAGGAUCUGUGAUGCCGAUGCGCCUGAGGACCAGUGCACUGUGACAAGAUCUUAUCUUUUCCUCCACAAGUUCUGGUUCUUCAGCACCAUCUACUACUUUGGCAACUGGGCCUUCAUUGGGGCUUUCCUCAUUGGUCUGGUGGUGUCCUGCUGCAGAGGGAAGAAGUCUGUGAUUGAAGGAGAGGUGGAGGCUGACGACUCAGACUUAAGUGAUGAUGAAUAUGUGCACUGAAAGUCAGCAUUCACAGGGCCAGAUUUGUAAAUAUUCCCACCGUAACUUAAAGGGACUAGAAAGUACAACUUCAUAAACAAAUGUGUGUCAGUAAUUUGUCAUUAUUUAAUUUAUUGGUUUUAAGGAGUUAUUGCGGCGGCGUCUUGUGGAUUCCCGCCUUGUUUUGAGUUGACACAUCUGUCCCCUUAAUGAGACUGCUGAGACUGAUCGUUGCGUCUUUCUCAGUCAAUAUUAUUGAUGACUUUGGGAUUCUGGGAGUGUCCUCCAACUCAAUCCUACCCUGAGAAUUCACUUAUCAACAGUUUGAAACUGACACAAAUUGGUCAUUUUUCUACUAGAGGAGACACUCUUAUUGCAGUAGCAGAGACAGAGUGACAUGCUGCUCCAAAACUUUAUGUCUUACUUGGAGGUAGGACAUAAACUUACUUUUUACAUCCUCUAAGCACUUUCUAGACCCUUUAAAUGGUCACUUUAUGACAUUAUCUAUAGCUGGCUCUCGUGUACAUAAACAUAAAAUACCGAAAACAUUGGAGCCUACACAAACUGGUCUGCCUGCUUGUUUUCUGAGGAGCUAAUUGGUGUAAAAAAAAAUAAUGAUUCUAAGUGUUGACAGCAGUAACGUUUUCAAACUUUAUUUUGCUCGUUUUGUCUGAGGUUAAAUAUAGUGCUAGAGGUUUGCUGCUUUUCUCCCGACACUAGUCAUUUGCAGACCAUUAUUUAAGCAGACGUUACUGUACUUGCAUACCUGCACUGUGUGAAAUGUAAAGGACCAAUUACAGCUGUCGUGUUUCCAAAGUUUCACUUAUUCUUAGUUUUUAAAUAAAUGGGUUCAACAGCUUUUUGCUGUCUGUUUUGAAAGAACCUAAGAAAAAUGGAGAAGGGGAUAUAAACAGAAUUAAUCAACUAUGGAUGUAAUUUUCUUUUAAUUUAGGAGUACUUUUCAUUUUUGCCAGUGCUCUAGAGUUUGUGACUUAGAACUAUUAAUGGCUUUUUUCAGCUAUGUUUAAUUUCUUUUCAGUGUAUUUAGCAGUGUCAAAAUGAAUAUACACUGUUCAUUUAAUCAACACGUUGACAGAAAAUAUGAAUAUGAAUGGCCUUUUUUAAUUUGGAAACCAAAUAUUUGUGCCUCAUGAAUGUGUAGCACCAUGAUGGGCACACACUGCUGUGUAUGCUACUCCAAAUUAGACUCACAGAAAUCAGCCUGAAUCUCAUAAGUUUGGUUUUUGCUUUGAGAUACUGGUUUGGUUAUGUAACACUGAGAAUCAGUGGAGCCAGCAGCAGGGAAUGUGGUUACAUGAUGACGACAGAAGCUGCAUCACAUGUAGUUUUACCUGUUACUGGUUGAAAGGAAUGCUGUUGUUGGAAGUUGUGUCAGUAUUGAAUGAUACCUGUAUCUUAAGAAAUAAAACCAUUUUAAAACACA